AUGGUCGGUGGGUCUCCUGUCUCCCUUGGCCGCCCGUUUUCGGAUUUUCGGAGCCAUGGCGCGUGCCUGCGGUUGGAGGGCAGAGCCCGGGGAGGACUUGGAGGACUUCCUGCCGUUGCGUCCCUGCAACUCCGAGCCCCAGCUGCGCCGGAUCCCGCCCAGUCUGGCCCUGCCGUGCGAUACGAGCGGCUAUGAAGGCUUCUCACGCGAGGACGAGUCGCCCUCCCAGAACUCCCAGGCCUUGCAUUCCAUGGUGGAGCGCCUCUAUGAUGAGGAGCUACGAAAGCGAGAGGAGCGCCAUGCAGCGCGGAUCCAGGAGCGGGAGCAGGAGCUAGCGAGCCAGGCGCCUUUUGCUCCGGCCCUGCGACGCCGGCGCGGCGCGGACCGUGUGGGACGCGACUCGUCCGAGCGGCACCUCCACCUCUACGACCAGCGCCUGGAGAUGGCAGAGAGGAAGAGGCAGCUGCAUGAGCAGAAGCUGAGAAACGAGCGUGAGUACCUGGAGUCUCACAGCGUUCACCGUGCCCGAUCUCCCCAGGCCGACCCAACGCUCUUCCAGCGCCUUCAUGAGGAGGCAGAGAUCAGAAGGCACCGAAUGCAGGAGCUUCAGGAAGAGAAGGCUGCCACGCUGUCGCCCAGCCGUCGCGCUGCAAACGGGUCACGCCCACACCUGCGACUCUUUGAGUUGGCAAGCGAGAGGAUCGAGAAGCGCAACAAGCUGCAAAAGAUGAAGGAAGAGCAAGAGGCGGGCCCUGCGUCUGCUCGCUCUCCUCAGGCUCACACGGCCCGCAUCUCCCAACGUCUCUUUGAGGAGGGCCAGCUUCGGCAGCAGCGCUUGAUGGAGAAGAAGCGUGAGAAGGAGAUCCGGGAGAGCGAAUCUUUGGUGUGCAGCCCCUCGCGCCGCAAAGCCAAGGACACGGAGGCCAUAUUCCAGCGCCUCUUCAAGCCGGAGCGCCGGCGUCGCGUGCAGGAUGUGCGCGAGGAAGAGGAGCAGUGGCUGCGCAUGAGGAGGCAUUCUAACCCAGCCAAGCGCAUGCCCUCCUUCCAUCUCCACAAGUCGCCCAGCGAAUCGCCCAAGGCGAUCCCGCGAGCGCAGGUUUUAUCGGAGGCCGAGGCUCUCAAAGAGAAGCCCAGCGUCUUCGACUUUAAGGCCGCAACGGCCGAACUUGCCAGGCUCCUCUCAAAGAGAAGGAGCCCAGCGUCGACUUUGAGGCAGCCGCGCCCACGGCCGUGCCUGCUGCAAAUGUUGAGGUGGCUGCGCCUCCUGAGGCUGCGGCCGUCACGUGCAUUCAAGCGGAGGCACCUUUCGACGAAAAGGCGAUCGACCUAGCGAAGGUGGCCUAUUUGGUGCCGGAGGAAGUCUGUGACUCCGAGGCCCCCAGCUCGCGGCGCAUCUCCUUGGAGCUGGACGAGUGCUGGUGAGCGAGCGAGCGAUUUUCUGGCGGCCUGAGUCCUUUUGAGGGCGUGUGUCAAAAUAGGGAUUUGGAACCAGAUUCUGGUCUUCCGUUUGGACUGCGUACCCGAAAAAAGGGGAACGCCAGCAAACAUACACACCCUUGUGCAACACGCCUUCGUCAGGUGUCCCGUCCUAUUUGUGUGCGUGUUUUCUUUUCU